CCUACUAAGUUGUCAUAGAAAUGUGGGCCUCCUUGGUGCUCGCUCUUGCCCUCGCUGUUAGGGCAUCAGACACUAACAACGACACGACUAACAAUGACACGGCGAUUGACGAAAAGCUUGUUAUAGCCAGAGGUAAACUGCUGGCUCCCAGUGUGGUCGGAUGAGGCAUAAAGAAAAUGCCAGAGCUCCAUCAUUUUCUCAUGGAGCGCUGGGCUUUAUACCACAACUUGGAAUAUGAUUCAUCGGAGGAGAAGAAUCCACGUCUGAUAUUCUAUAAUGAAAAGGACGAGGUUGUAAAGACUGUUCCCGUGAAGAAAAUGAAGGCGGACGAGAUCAGCAGCCUGUUAGACUCACUCGGUUUCUUCAAGAGGUCCCAGAAAGGGGAAGAGGUGCCAGAGGAGUUCCAGCAUUUCCCCCUUCGUGCCCCAAGGGAUGAGCUGUGAUGACACCUUGUGGCCAAACUUUGCCACUGCACCCCGGCCACAUUAAUGACGAGUGGGGCCCCAAGGCCAA